CUCAGUUAUCACUUCUCACAGCCCACAUAACGAGUCCGAUACUUUGAGGACACUUGGUCGUACUGAAGAGGCCAUAAGCUUUUGUUGUCUGAUUCAAUCAACUAAAGAAUUUCUCUACAGUCACAAAUUCGUUGACUAAACCCAUUGGGGCGGCAUCUCCUUCUCGACUUCUUCGUCGAAUCAAUUUGUCUUUAUUUAUUCCCUCCGACCACUCUAUUCCCAUCCCCCACUCUGUAAGCUCCGAAGACCCGUAUGGACCGCCAGGACUCCGCCACGGCCCGCUUCACUCUCGGCCGCCAGUCCUCGCUCGCACCCGACCCGGUCGUCCCGGUCUGCGACGACGACGGCGUCAUCGACCCUCGUGUCCGCCUCAUGUACUUGGCCAACGAGGGCGACCUGCAAGGCAUCCAGGACCUCCUCGACUCCGGCACCAAUGUCAACUUCACCGACAUCGACGGCCGUACCGCCCUCCACGUCGCCGCCUGCCAGGGCCAGACCGACGUCGUCCACCUCCUCCUCCGCCGCGGCGCCGACGUCCACCUCCACGACCUCUGGGGCAGUACGCCUCUAGCGGAUGCCGUGUACUAUAAGAACGAUGACGUCAUCAAGCUUCUGGAGCAGCACGGAGCUAAGCCUCCGAUGGCUCCUAUGCAUGUGGAGAAUGCGCGGGAGGUGCCGGAGUAUGAGAUUGAUCCCAAGGAGCUUGAUUUUUCGAAUAGUGUUGACAUAACCAAGGGAACCUACUGCAUUGCCUCAUGGCGCGGAAUUCAGGUUGCAGUUAAGACACUUGAGGAGAAAGUUUUUGCUGAUGAGUAUAAAGUGAAUGCAUUCAGGGAUGAGCUUGCUUUACUUCAGAAAAUUCGACACCCCAAUGUUGUCCAAUUUUUGGGUGCUGUAACACAAAGCAGUCCGAUGAUGAUUGUCACAGAAUAUCUACCAAAGGGAGACUUUUGUUUAUAUCUAAAAAGAAAAGGUGCCUUGAAGCCAACAGCAGCAGUGAAAUUUGCACUUGACAUUGCCAGGGGGAUGAAUUAUUUGCAUGAGCAUAAGCCUGAAGCAAUAAUUCAUCGAGAUCUGGAGCCCUCAAACCUAUUGCGGGAUGAUUCUGGGCAUCUGAAAGUUGCAGACUUUGGAGUGAGCAAGCAAUUGAUAGUCGCAAAGACGGUUAAAGAAGACAGACCAGUGACAAGUCAAAACACUUCUUGGAGAUACGUGGCUCCUGAAGUUUACAGAAAUGAAGAAUAUGAUAUGAAAGUGGAUGUCUUUUCAUUUGCCUUGAUCUUGCAAGAGAUGAUUGAAGGUUGUCUACCAUUUUAUACAAAACCAGAAAAGGAUGUACCUAAAGCAUAUGUUGCAAAUGAGCGCCCACCGUUUAGAGCUUCACCAAAGCUUUACGCACAUGGAUUAAAGGAGUUGAUUGAGCAAUGUUGGAGUCAGGACCCAUUCAGGAGACCGACAUUCAAGCAAAUAAUUAAGAGUUUGGACAACAUUAACGACCAGUAUGCUCGGAAAAGACGCUGGAAGGGUAUGCCACUUAUGUGUCUCCAGAACCUGGAGAACAUGGUGAAGAAGGGUCGUUCAAGUCCCAGCAGCCAUUCUUCCCCCUCUACAUGGAGAUGAGUAACCAUUGCUUUCAUGCAAGAUUUCUGUUGUUAUUUCUCCUUGAUCUGAGGAAGGUUUUUCUGGCAGAGAUUAAUUUGUAAGAUGGUUACACUUUUAGGAGUUCAGUUGUUGAACUAGGCCCUUCUAAGAUUUCAAGUUUUUCUCCUUGACUUGUCUGUGUUCCACAUAUUCUUUGUGAUUGUGCAAGGUGAGAAAGAAAGAAAGAUGCACUGCUGAUCUUCAAAUUCUCA